GGAUUUGUUUGCCUCUCGGACUGUUUUCUGUUUUUUUGACUCUGCUUGCAAUUGUUUACUGAUGUAGAGCAACAAAAUAUUGUCUCCAUGACUUGAAACUGGUUCUGCUUGUUUCAAAACCCAAUGAGAAAGUGAGAGCCAAUGCCCAACACUCAAUGAGCACAAUGAGCCUAAAUGUCCCAGGACUGGUGGUGAUGGUGCUCUUCUACCUGCUGGUGCUGGGUACCGGUAUCUGGGCCUCCAUGAAGUCCAAGCAGAUGCAGAAGAACAGCCAAGCAGGCCUGACUGAGAUUACUCUACUGGGAAACAGAGGCAUCAGCCUGGCGGUGGGAGUCUUCACCAUGACAGCUACAUUUGUAGGAGGAGGCUUCAUUGUUGGUCUGACAGAGGCAGUGUACACUCCCACCAUGGGGCUUACCUGGGCUGUCAUGCCAGUAACAGCCGCCCUGUCUUUCAUUGUUGGUGGACUUUUCUUCGCCAAGGUAAUGAGAGACAGAAAAUACGUGACAAUGAUGGACCCGUUUCAGAACAAGUAUGGAAAUGUAAUAAGUGGAUUUCUGUCUGUGGCACUGCUGAUAUCUGACAUAAUCUGGGUGACAGGAACUCUUAUUGGCUUAGGUGCUACAAUGAGUGUGAUCCUGGAUUUGCCUUACACUCUUUGCAUUUGGAUCUCUGCCGCAGUAGCCAUCAUCUACACACUGCUGGGAGGCCUCUACUCUGUCGCCUACACAGACAUCAUACAGCUAUUGCUCAUUUUUUUCAGUUUGUGGCUAUGUGUCCCCUUCAUCCUGAUGAACCCUAAUUCAGCUGAUAUCACCAAGACUGCUUUCAACUUUACUUAUCAGACCCCCUGGAUUGGUUCAGUGGAUAAAGAAAGAGCAUGGAGGUGGAUUGAUAAUUUCUUAAUAUUGGCAUUAGGUAACCUGGGCUAUCAGGACUUCCACCAGAGGACCUUGUCAGCCUCCUCAUCAGCCACAGCCAGGAUCACAUGCUUCAUUGCAGCUCCCAUCAUCUUCAUUCUUGGAAUUCCUUCUGUGUUGAUUGGAGCAGUUGCAGCAUCAACAGAUUGGAACAUGACCUCAUAUGGCUCCCCGUCCCCAUAUGAGCGCGGAGAGGCCGGUCAGGUUCUGCCCAUUGCUUUGCAGUACCUCACCCCAAACUACAUCUCUGUUAUUGGUAUUGGAGCUGUAGCUGCCGCUGUAAUGUCAUCAACGGACUCGGCUCUAUUGUCGGCAGCCUCCAUUUUCUCAUCCAACAUUUAUAAGAACAUUCUGAGGACCAAGGCAUCAGAAAGAGAGCUCCUGUGGGUUAUACGUAUCACUGUAGUGUUGGUGGGCUUGGCUGGCACAUCACUUACCUUUCUACAUAACAGCGUCAUGGUUUUCUGGAUACUGGGCUCAGGCAUCACCUACACCAUUAUGUUUCCUCAACUUGUCUGCGUCCUCUUCUUUAACAUCUCCAAUGGCUAUGGCUCCAUCAUAGGCCUUCUAAUUGGCAUGUUGUUGAGAUUGUUGAGUGGUGAACCAUCUAUAGGGUUGCCAGUUGUCCUCCACUUCCCAGGGUGCGCUCUCGAGGAUGGUGUGUAUGUCCAGCGGGCACCUAUUAUGACUAUCUGCAUGCUGUCCACCAUCUUUGCCACUUUGUUGUUCUCCUACCUGGCUUCACUGCUCUUCAACAAAGGACUGAUUCCUAAAAGAUGGGACGUAUUUAACGUGAUAACCGACAAACCCCCACUGAAACAAUUAUUAAUGAGCAAUGGCACCACCAAAAUAGAUGAAGAAGAGGAGAAAUCUGAAGCUGAAAAUGAAAUUGAAAUAAAACUGACAAGGAGGACUGAACGAGAAAUCAUUUAAUGGGAUGCAAAUAUACAUUUUGUGUGGUGCUUUAAUAUCAUGUCUAUUUUUACACUAAAUCAUGGCCAUUGAAUAAGAAAGUGCUUGUGUAAGUGAUCUUGAUAAUUGCUUUAGUACGUACUUUUGUUGUCUAAAUUUUGCUGUUUUAAAGGACCAGUGUGUAGAAUUUAGUGGUAUCUAGCCAAAUGGAAAUGGAAGAAAUGUUAUGUAAUAUUCACAAGUAUAUUUUAAUUAGUGUUUAAUCAACUGAGAAUAAGAAUGAUUGUGUUGUGGUUACCUAAGAAUGAGCCCUGUAUAUCUACAGAGCUGGGAGUGGGUCCCCUUUUCAGGGCCUACAGUCACCCAGAACAGACAAAAGGGACGUUUCCACUGCAGGAACUUCAGGAAGUUCCUGGUGAAAUUUAGGAGGCGGGACCUUUACAGGAACGUCCUCUCACUCAGUCCUCUCAGCUGUUGUGUUUCCACAACAGAGUAGGACCCAGAUAGGACCCGUACUCUGA